AGAUGAGACGGUGAUGGUUCUCAUUUGAGAAAUAAGACCUAAAGAGGGUCAGUGAGGAAACCUCUGCCCACGCAUAGGCAUGGAAGACGCUUUCAAAGUUCGGGUUGACAAGGCUUUUGGCUCUCUAGCUUCGUCUUCACCAUCAUCUUCGUCUCUGCGUUCGUUAUGGUCUCUGUCUGACGACGAGGUUGAAAGGAAGGAAUGGAAUCGAGGUACAGACAGGCUCGACAGAGAAGAAACCCCAUGUUCCUCUUCCUUCGAUGGAUUCGUCGGAAAGGACCGUAAGUCUUCACAGAAAAAAUCAAGAAAUAUUCGGAAAGAGUUUGAAGAGGAUCUAGAAGACAUCGAGGACGAUGAUGAAGACGACCAACAAGGCCGUGAUUCUUCAGAUCAAUCUGAUGGUCACGACAAGGAAGAAUGGGAAAUUAGGUCGUCAAUUGGCUUGGACUGUACUCUGGAUAACGAGGAGGAAGAAGAUGAAUAUGACAAUGUAGCUAUUGGCAAGGAAAAUACCGGUGACCGCUUGUAUAUGAAGGAUAUUACUGAUCAUGGGAACUUCUUAAAUUAUCAUAAUGUGUUUCCGAAUUCCUUUGAGGAGGUCACUCGGGAUCCACGCGCUAAUCACUUGGCAGCAAGAAUUAGGCUCAAAGAAGAUGAAACCGAAGCCGCAAAAUCAGAUUCUUCUCAGGCUCCUGAUAAAAUGGUACCAGCUGCUUUGGAUUCUCAAGUAUCUGAAGGUGGUAACUUGAAAUCUAUUCUGAAAAGGAAGGAAAAUCAGGCAGAUUCAAAGCCACGAAAACGUGUGAGGUUUGACCCUAAAUGUGAAAACAAUCAUGACAGUGACAUAGAGGAACCCCAAGAUUUGUUGUCGGUAGCGCAUUCAAUUGGUACGCCUACAGUUGCAGAAGAUGGUUCAUCAUCGCCUCAAGGUUCCCAUGGAAUUCCAGAUUAUUUACGAAAUCCAUCGAAAUAUACAUGCUAUAGUUUUGAUUCAUUAGGCGGAGUUGAUGAAGAAUCUAAUCGACAAGCUUACAUGGAUUUUCUCAGCAUGAUGAGGAAGCCAAGUUCUGUCGACACAGACCUGGAUGGUACUUGCACAGAUGCUUCAAAAUUGAUUGUCUUUACUCCUAAAAAGAAGGCAAAUAAUGCCUCAAUUGCAAGCAGCACUGAGGUUGAUAUAACUCAGGAAAAUGGUUCUGAGGAGUCAGCACACAAGGCAAGCGUGCCCCUUUGCAUUGCGGCUGGUGAAUCCCAAGAAGGAGAAGCUUGUGCAAUGGAUGAAGAUGAUCUGGGAACAGCAGCCACAGAUAAAACCAGUGGCACCCGAAAAUUGGCCCGUCAGUACAGACUGAAAGUUCGGUUGGAUGACUCUGAUACUUGAUGUCAUUUUUGGAUCUCCUCGAGGUAACAGAUGCAGAUCAAUACUUGCAUUAAUGGCAUCAGUGCUGAUCCAUACUUGCCUUAUACAGGGGGAACUUAAGCAAACUUAAUAGUUCUCUUGCUACUCUUGGUUUUAUUGAAUUAUUAUAUUUACUUUUCAAGGAGUUUUGGUUUUAUACGGUUUAGGCACUUUGUAGUGCUCAAGAACAUGCAUCACUAAUCACUUUAUGCAGACCUUCCUGACA